AUGAAAACUUACGGAGAAAUGAAGCAUUUUGGGAAGCCAAAGUCCUUAUCUCGGAAGAAGGCAGAUAAGAAGCAGAAUUCUUCUGCUAACACUUCUCUGAACACUUCCAAAAUUUCCAUGAACAAGGCGAAGUUCAAGGCUGGAAUGGAUUAUUUCUUAGAAUCAGGGCUCAAACAGAGUCAGAAAGGUUCUUCUAAAUAAGUCUAAGAAGAAGAUUAAGCCUAGAAAUCAGCCUAAUGACAAGGUCAGGGAGUCUGGGAUUAAUCAUUUUGGAGAGAAAGGCAACAGGUCUGCGUCCCCUCAUACUCUUAGUAUCACUAAGACUGCAAUGAAGCGAGGAAGGAACCAUAAUGCUAAGAGUAAUUAUAAGGACAAAUUCAAUUACCAGGCUGAGUACAAUACUUUUAAUACAAGUUUACUUGCUAAAAACCCUACGUUUGAUUAUUUACAGAAUAAAUCUAUGAAUCGGUCCGAGCUAAAUCGAACACAGAAGAAGGCAGAUCUCGACCGCAAGAAGUUUUCAGAGUCACAGAUUAUUACUAAGAAUAAUGCUGGUGCAGUAAGUAACCUUGGGAUCUACCAGAAUAAGACCUUUUAUACUGUAAAUCAGCCUAAGAGAGCAGGAACUACGCUUACGAGCUACCAAGAGGACUCUAAAAGAAAGAGAGCUAUCAAGAAAUUAGUGACUAAUAUCAAUAUGUCCAAUCCAUCGAGUGGAUCUAAUAGCAGAGUAAAUCAUCGACAAGGAAAAGACAAUAUCCUUCAGGUCCAGAAUCAGUACAAGUCUAGUGUGAAGGGAAACGAAAAGAUCUUCCUGCCAAUAUACGAGGUCCUGAAUCACGCCAGGAUAGAUAGGCAUUCAAGUAAAUAACAGACUAAAUGACCUUCUUCAUAAAUCAAAUCCGAUUCGUCAAGGAAUUGAAUCCCUCAAUAAAUCAAAUGAGGUAAAGAUCGAUAAGAAUUCUCUAACUUACGACGACAUGAAAGGAGUAGAUAAUUUGAAGAAACGGGAAUCAAUUCCAUCAAACCAUAAGAGAAAGCUUGCAUAUAAGUCAAAUAUUGCUAAAAAGUCCAGCUCUAGCUGAGGAGUACGCAAAAAGGAUAUCCAUCCUGACCCAGCAAAGCUGUAUAACAGGACUGAUGCUAUAAUGAAGAAUGAAGGAAUGAUUGCGAGCAGGAAUAAUGCCUAUAAUUCCCUCGGUGAUUGCUACAAAAUGCCAACAGUGACUGAGAAUAACAAGUUCGAGAGAGUUCUUCCAAAGAAUCAAGAAAUAAAUAGAGCUGCUAGUACUUCCUUCAACGUCACAAAAGUUGCAGAUAUCAAUUCAGAUUUGCUAGGGCAUAACUUAUAUCAGAAGCAAACUCUUGUUGGUAGUAAUAGAAAGGGGAAAGAAUCCGAGCUUAAAGAAAGUAGCACACAUAUUUCUCACACUAAUAACUCAGACUCAAGAUAUAAAAAUUCAUUGAUCAACCCAAAGACAGAGAACAGUUGAAGAUUACAGUUUGAUACUGGAACAAGAGAGGAGAGUAAACGGAGCCAUGAUUUGUCCUUCAAGACUACUUCCCAUCUCAAUAAUCCUGAAGAGCUCAGCGAAGUACUAAGACAAUAUAACCUCGACAGUGCUGUAGAUGCCAAGAGACUGCUUGCCUCCGGAGCAUUGACUCAGGCAACAGCUGAUUCUGAAAACGGAGUUAUUUCAUUACUAAAAGUGAUCAAAGACCAGGAGAUCAAACUUGAAGCUUAUAAAAGCAAAGAGCAACACUUCAUUGACAAGAUUUAUAACCUUGAAAGGAAGCUCAAGGAGUCUAAUCAUAAGAUAGAACUACUAAAUUUGGAGCAUGGGAGAGAAGUCGCAUCCCUAAAAUCUGAGCUUGAGAAGAAGAAUGAAGAAGCUUCAGAGAAAAUAGAGAAUUUUAUAAUGAACCAACUUGAUCUAGAUGCAUAUAAUAUCACAAGCGAUGAUUUUGGAAGUUCUAAAGGAGAGAGUGAAGCAAAUUUCUGAGCAGGAAAGGCCAAAGGUGCCUCAAAAAUAUCCAAAAAGACUAUAUCUGUUCACCCUCUGGUGCCUAAAUUAGACCUCCAAAAGAUAUUUGAUUGGCGAGAAAAGGCAAAUAAUGAUAAUGUUAUCAUGAUCAGGAUUUCUGAAAGCAGAAUUGAAGGAGAAGAUAACUUCAGUAAUAGCGAAAUUGAGAAUUUUAACGAGAGUGUUCUCAGAGAUCCUAAAGUCAAAGAUAACAUCAAGAUAUACUUUCCUAAGGGCACUCCUGCUAAGAGUUCAUCUGAUAGGAUCCACUCUUUGUUAGAGCGAAAACAGAUGAUUAUAGAUGCUCUGAACACAGCUUAUAGUGAAGAUGAUGAAGAAGAUGACUAAUAUUUUAAAUAUAAUUUUCCUAUGAAUUCAAAA